GCAGACUCGGAGCGGCGGGCGGCAGGCGCGGCCCCAGCACCGGUAGCAGCGCCGGGCGCCGUGGGGUGUUAGCCGCGCAGCUGGCGCUCUCGCUCUGCCUCCGGAAGGGAAGGAGCUCCCGUCGCCGCGUGCCGCUCGCUCCGCCGCGCUCCUCCGCCGCCCGGAGCCCAUGAGCCUGAACGAGCACUCGAUGCAGGCGCUGUCCUGGCGGAAGCUCUACCUGAGCCGCGCCAAGCUGAAGGCUUCCAGCCGCACCUCCGCGCUGCUCUCCGGCUUCGCCAUGGUGGCCAUGGUAGAAGUUCAGCUUGAUGCAGACCAUGACUACCCACGAGGUCUCUUGAUAGCCUUCAGUGCCUGUACUACAGUCCUUGUUGCAGUUCACCUUUUUGCACUCAUGAUAAGUACCUGCAUUCUUCCAAAUAUAGAGGCUGUUAGCAACGUGCAUAAUCUCAACUCUGUAAAGGAAUCUCCUCAUGAGCGUAUGCAUCGACACAUUGAGCUUGCCUGGGCAUUUUCUACUGUCAUUGGGACUUUGCUCUUUCUUGCAGAGGUGGUGUUGCUGUGUUGGGUGAAGUUUCUUCCCCUGAAGAAGAACCCCCUUGACCCAGCUCAGAGCAGCAAUUCUAGCAUCACAUCAGGACAGGCAGCAGCCAUUGCAUCGACAUCUAUCAUGGUUCCCUUUGGACUGAUUUUCAUUGUCUUUGCAGUCCAUUUCUACAGGUCUCUGGUGAGCCAUAAAACAGACAGGCAGUUUCAAGAACUGAAUGAACUUGCUGAAUUUGCACGGCUCCAGGACCAGCUGGAUCACAGAGGUGAUGCCAUCUCCCCAGCUGUUACCCAUUUUGCAUAAACCUGUACUUAAAGAAAAUAAAUCCACCAUUCUGCUCCUGCCUUAUGUUGACUCCCCCAUGCAUGAAUGUUCAAACUAUUGAUUUUCUUUUCAAUAGAAGUUUAUAAAUGUUUGGGGAAGAAAAAAACAAAAAAACAAAAAAACAACAGUUCUCACCAUAACAUGGCUAGUUGAGACCAGAAGGAAUGGAUGACUGGGUGUGUGUGUGCCACACACAUCCCUUUUCUCAUUUGUUUCUUCUUACCACUCAGUGGUGGCUACACAAGUGCAAGGAGAGUAAUGCUGUACAUUUGGGUGAUUGGAAUGGACAGAGAAGCUUUUUCCUCUUUAUUUAAUGUUGGCAUUUACUAGAAGAUACUGUUUGUCCAGUCCAUGUUGCAUGACAUGAUACAAAUUACUUGGGAUAUGCAGCAAUUAGCACUUGGUUUCAGUGCUAGUACUGUUCUCUCAGUUUGACAGAUGGUAGAAGGGAAGGCUCUCCCACCACUUUCCCCAGUGUGUUUUGCUGCCAAGUAAUUCUUACAUUAGUGACUUCUCCAGCACCCUUUCCAUGGCAGUUACAUGCUGUGUAACUCACUGAACACCCAUGACUCAUUCUACUGCCAUGUGGUAUGGCCACACGAGAAGGAAUGAGACUACUAUGCUCUUCUUUGGAAGAAAAUAAAAGCAAUAAUUGUUUUCAAGUUCUCUGAAGCUGGCAUGUAUUAUCUGGAGAGAUAGAACUGCCUGUUUUCCAUUUAGGAAUCUUUUUUUAAAAAGAAGGAACUAAAUGGAAAUUAUCACUGGAUAUUUUCUUGCUUGAAGAUCAGAACCACUGCUGUUUUUUCCAAGUCAAAGUAGCAAUUAUUUUAUACUUUUAUAUAAAAAAUAUAUUUUUAAUAAAUCCUCAGAUAGAAGCAGCAAAAGGUGCUUUGUCUGCACUGGAUUCCCAAGUAAUUAGCUAUUGCUAAGCCUUGGUCUGCCUUGUUUAGAAAAAGUCUUCUGCUUGCUGAAGUGCUGCCCAUAAUAACUUCUUAAGGCAUUUUUUGCCUUCCAGAUCCUCUGGAAGCUACUUUUAAUCUCUGUAGCUGUAUUUAUGAAAGUAGAUUAUUUGUAACUAAUAUUGCUGCUUACUUUCAGAUAUGAAUCUAUGCUAGUGAGGCUGUGGUGUCUUUUUUUUUUUUUUUUUUUAAUUUCUUCCUUAAGCAAAAACUUCCCCUGGGCCUCUCAUGUGAGAGGUUUGGCCAAGAAGGAUGCAGCAGUAGUCCUGGGCUGCUGCAGUAAUUCCAGCUGUGUCUGUAAGUGGAUUUUCUUUGGAAUGCAAUUCUUGUGUAAAAAAGCUUUGGUUUGUAAUGGCUAAAAGCCACUUUUGAAGACAAACUGAGACAAGUUUCAAAUCUAAUGGGACACAUCUUUACCUCCUGCUGUAGCUAACACCGUGGAAUAUAAACUGUGGUGGUGGUGGUGUUGUUGUUUUGUUUGUUUUUAAAUCAGACUGGUGAAUGUGACAGUACAGGGAAGUGUACCUGAGUGAGCCUGGGCUGAAUGUGGUCUUUUAUACCCAGCCUCCAUCUCAGGUUAUCCCCAUGUAUUUUCAGUCUGUGGGAUGUGGAAGCUGUUGACAGUGGUGCAUCUGUUCAGAAAAACAGCCAUCAGAAAAGGACCUGGUGUUUUUUCAGCAGGUUUCUUGGGGUAUCUUCUGUUCACUGGCAGAAAACAAUUUUCCUCAUGUCAGUUUCCCAGGGUCUCCUGCUGUACAGAGGCCUGGCAGGAUUUUCUCCAGCUCUGCCAUUCCGUUGUGUUUCAGGUAUAGGUAUUCUCAUACUGGUGUAAAUCUAUCGAUGGUGAGAACUGAGUACGAUUCCUCACACGUUUGUUCAUGGAACACUGUAAAGAUUCUGAUAGUAAAGGCAAGUAGGAAAACAGCAUUCCAAACUACAGUAACCCUGAGGCAGGCACAAAGUUCAUUUUCCUGUCUUUCAGUGGAUUACCAGUCCCAUCCUGGGAGGGGAGAUUCUUAAAAGCAGCAGUAAAGGAAGCAGGUUUGACUUGAUACGCAUUCUGGAACAAAUGGUCAAAAGGGUGCUAUAGGGCUGAAAAAUUAUGCAUCUGUCUGUAAAUGAUGUAUUUAAAAGUCCUAACAUUAUUUUGAAUGUAAGUCCAGAAAAUAUAUUACCCAAGCUUAUUUUGUAAAGUUAUUUGCUGUUCUUGGUAAGUUUCUGGAUUUCUUUUUAUCUUGUGGAUCUUUUACAAAGUGAAGUGUUUUGUUUAGGAAAUAUAAAAUUAUGAGCUUAUUUUUUAACUUUCUCAAGCCAGUAGGUCCUAACCUAUUGGAACUGUUAGCCACAGCCAUUUUACUGACUAUUUUCUGCACUUUAAUCUCUGAUAUCAAGUGUGUUUUUCUCAUGUUCCAGCUGUGGAAAUGGUCACAAAAGUUGUGCCUUGGCCACGUCUCAUAACUGUGUGCCAGAGGCAGUAACCAGGCCUGAUCGUAUGGCUCCAGAUGUUAAGAGUGCACUUAAGUUUGUUUUUUAUUCUUUAUUUAUACUAAUGGUAUUUCACGUUUACCUCAAGCAUUUUAAAUGUCAGUUAUUGUAUAUCAAUUAUUUAGAUAUAAAAUAACUUCAGAUAAUGAAAUAAAAUGUAUUCAAUUGUUGCUGAUUGUUACCUAGAUGCCUAAAAAUACUUAUUUUCUCUACAUCCAUUGCCUCUGCCUGCCUGUGUUGUGCUAAUCCUCACUGUAUUUCUGAGGGUCUCUGAAAUGUAUGCAGCUCCUCGCUGCAGCCAUACAAAGAUGACGUUUCCUGUUCACACAGCUAUAAAGAGCUAAUGUUGGCGGAAUGCUUUUCCUCCCAUCAGCACUGUUUAAAUCUUGACAC